AUGGGUUCCCAGGUGGAUGAAGAGCUGACAGUGCUGGUCACUGGAUUCCAGCCCUUCCGAUCAGAAUAUCCCAUCAACCCCUCGUGGGAAAUUGCCAAGAGCCUCCCAGAAUACCUCCCGCCGCGAAGAGCCAAGGACCCAAACGCCCGAAAUGCCGUCAACAUCCCGCCCGUGCGCAUCCUGGUGCAUCCCGAGCCCCUCCGAGUCAACUACAAGGUCGUAAGGGAGACAGUGCCGACAUUCUGGGAGGAGACGUACCAGGAUCGCAAGAUCGACAUCGUCAUCCACAUUGGCAUGGCCGGCCCGCGGAUCAUGUACCAGAUCGAGAGCCGGGGACAUCGCACUGGAUACAAGGCGCGCGAUGUGGACGGCGGGCACCUGGAUGAGCUGGAGGGGAAGCGGGAUGAAGAGUGGGUUUGGCACGGUCUCCCGGAUGAGCUGCGGACAGACUUGAACGUACAGGACAUCUGGGAGAGGUGGCAGCAGCAUAGCUCGAAGAACUUGGACCUCCGCAUCUCUGACGAUGCGGGGCGUUACUUGUGUGACUUUAUCUACUAUUCAAGCCUGGCAACCUGCUAUAAGCAGGGCAAGGAGAGAAAGGUCAUCUUCCUUCACGUGCCGGCAGAUGGCUCUGAAGCUGUGAUCAAGCAAGGACAGGAGGUGGCUGUGAACCUCAUUCGGUCCAUAGUGGAGAGUGAAGUGGCCAAGAAGCAACAGACGACGGAGAUGGACGUCUCAACAAAAGACAUCAUGUGUCGAAGCGCAGUUUGCAGCACCUGCAACAAAACCACCUGGUGGGGCUGCGGCAAGCACAUCCCCUCCGUGCUCGACUCCGUCGCCGAGGACAGCCGGUGCACCUGCGAGCCAAAGGUCGAGCGGGACGGCAAGAUGUAUCCGCCCAUGGCCAAGUCUCCGAAUUGA